GAGGCCGCGCUCCCUCAGCGGGGCCGCGCAAGGAGCUGCUCGCUGGUCCGGCCCGCCCGCGCUCAGGGGGCCCCCCGAAGCGAGGGGCCCGGCCGGCGGCUGAGGCUUGUCUUCGUCCUUUCCAGUUGCCAUGAGGAAGCCUCGCCGAAAGUCACGGCAGAAUGCCGAGGGCCGGAGAUCCCCAUCCCCAUACAGUCUUAAAUGCUCGCCCACACGGGAGACCUUGACCUACGCCCAAGCCCAGAGGAUCGUGGAGGUCGAUAUGGACGGCCGCCUGCACCGUAUCAGCAUUUAUGACCCGCUUAAGAUCAUCACCGAGGAUGAGCUGACGGCUCAGGAUAUCACCGAAUGCAACAGCAACAAGGAGAACAGCGAGCAGCCCCAGUUCCCCGCCAAGUCCAAGAAACCCUCAUCCAAGGGCAAGAAGAAGGAGUCCUGUUCCAAGCAUGCACCCGGCACUUCCUUCCAUCUCCCGCAGCCCAGCUUUCGAGUGGUGGACACAGGGAGCCAGCCGGAAGCACCCCCAUUGCCCGCUGCUUACUACCGCUACAUCGAGAAGCCUCCAGAAGAUCUGGAUGCAGAGGUGGAGUAUGACAUGGAUGAGGAGGACAUGGCCUGGCUCGACAUGGUCAACGAGAAGCGCCGAGCAGACGGGCACAACUCCGUGUCGGCGGACACCUUCGAGCUGCUGGUGGACCGGCUUGAGAAGGAGUCGUACCUGGAGAGCCGCAGCAGUGGGGCUCAGCAGUCACUGAUCGACGAGGACGCCUUCUGCUGCGUGUGCCUGGAUGAUGAGUGCCACAACAGCAACGUCAUCCUCUUCUGCGACAUCUGCAACUUAGCUGUGCACCAGGAGUGCUACGGCGUUCCCUACAUCCCAGAGGGCCAGUGGCUCUGCCGCUGCUGCCUGCAGUCUCCCUCUCGGCCUGUGGAUUGCGUCCUGUGCCCCAAUAAAGGGGGGGCCUUCAAACAGACCAGUGAUGGCCACUGGGCCCAUGUAGUCUGCGCCAUCUGGAUCCCUGAAGUCUGCUUCGCCAAUACAGUGUUCCUGGAGCCCAUUGAGGGCAUCGACAGCAUCCCGCCUGCCCGCUGGAAGCUAACCUGCUACAUCUGCAAGCAGAAGGGGCUGGGCGCGGCCAUCCAGUGCCAUAAAGUGAACUGCUACACCGCCUUCCACGUGACGUGCGCGCAGCGGGCCGGGCUGUUCAUGAAGAUUGAACCCAUGAGAGAAACCAGUCUCAAUGGCACCAUCUUCACCGUGCGCAAGACCGCCUACUGCGAGGCCCACUCCCCAAGCGUUGCCACUGCCAGGAGGAAGGGUGACUCACCGAGGAGCCUCAGUGAAGUCGGGGAUGAGGAUGGGCUGAAAGAGGGUGGCGGGGAGGAGGAACAGGAAGAAGGAGAGGAGGAGGGCCAGGAAGGCCAAGGUGGGGUGGGCAGCCCCCUCAAGGGGGCGUCCAAGAAGAGUAAGAUGACUUCAAAGCAGAAGAUCAAGAAGGAGCCGGAGGAAGCUGGCCGAGAGACACCCUCCAUCACUGUCCCCAUGGUCACUGUCCCACAGAUACCCUCUUACAGGUUGAACAAGAUCUGUAGUGGUCUCUCCUUUCAGAGGAAAAACCAGUUCAUGCAGCGGCUUCACAACUACUGGCUAUUGAAGCGGCAGGCUCGGAACGGUGUCCCUCUCAUCAGGCGCCUGCACUCCCACUUACAGUCGCAGAGAAAUGCUGAACAGCGGGAGCAUGAUGAGAAGACGAGCGCGGUGAAGGAAGAGCUGAAAUACUGGCAGAAGCUCCGGCAUGACCUGGAGCGGGCGCGGCUGCUGAUCGAGCUCAUCCGCAAAAGGGAGAAGCUGAAGCGGGAGCAGGUCAAAGUGCAGCAGGCAGCCAUGGAGCUGGAGCUGAUGCCGUUCACCGUUCUGCUGAGGACGACUCUGGACCUGCUGCAGGAGAAGGACCCUGCACACAUCUUCGCUGAACCCGUCAACCUCAGUGAGGUUCCAGAUUACCUGGAAUUCAUAUCCAAGCCAAUGGAUUUUUCUACUAUGAGGCGGAAGCUGGAAUCUCACCUGUACCACACCUUGGAGGAGUUUGAGGAGGACUUUAACCUUAUAGUUACCAACUGCAUGAAGUAUAAUGCUAAAGACACAAUUUUCCACCGAGCAGCUGUCCGCCUGCGGGACCUGGGAGGGGCCAUCCUGCGGCAUGCCCGGCGGCAGGCAGAGAACAUCGGCUAUGAUCCCGAGAGGGGCACCCACUUGCCCGAGUCACCCAAAUUGGAAGACUUUUACCGAUUCUCCUGGGAGGAUGUGGACAACAUCCUCAUCCCAGAGAACCGUGCCCAUCUCAGCCCAGAGGCACAGCUGAAGGAACUGCUGGAGAAACUGGAUCUGGUGAGCGCCAUGCGAUCCAGCGGGGCCCGCACCCGUCGUGUCCGCAUGCUGCGCAGGGAGAUCAAUGCCCUUCGGCAAAAGUUAGCACAGCCACCGCCACCACAGCUCCUGUCACUGACCAAGACUGUGCCCAACGGGGAGCUGCCAGCAGGAUCUCGGGGGGAUGCAGCUGGGCUGGAGCAGACCCUGCAGGAGGAGCCAGAAGAUGAAGGGGACCGAGAUGAUUCACAGUUGCCUGCCCCACCAACUUUGGAGCCUACCGGGCCCGCGCCUUCCUUGUCAGAGCAGGAAUCCCCUCCUGACCCCCCAACCCUGAAACCCAUCAGCGACAGCAAGCCCUCAGGCCGCCUCCCAAAGCCCCGGAAGGUGGACGAUGAGGAGCUGUUGGGAGAUUCAGCCCUGCAGCUGGGGAGUGAGCCCUUACAAUGCUUGCUUAGUGACAAUGGCACCGACAGACUGCCUCUCACAAACCCUGACAGCCCUCCCGGCACCCCCCUCGGCAAUGUGGGCCGCCGAACGUCAGUCCUCUUCAAGAAGGCCAAGAAUGGAGUUAAGCUACAGAGGGGUCCAGAUGGGACCCUGGAGAACGGCGAGGACGAUCCUGCUUCUCCAGCCAGCAUGGAGGAGGAGCACUGUUCCCGGAAGCGGCCACGGAGCCAGAGCUGUAGUGACAGUGAAGGGGAGAGAUCCCCUCAGCAGGACGAAGAGACAGGCGUGACUAACGGCUUUGGAAAACACACCGAAAGCGGGUCUGACUCGGAAUGUAGUUUGGGUCUCAGUGGAGGACUGGCGUUUGAAGCUGGCAGUGGCCUGACGCCUCCCAAACGCAGCCGUGGGAAGCCAGCCCUGUCUCGAGUGCCCUUCCUGGAAGGUGUGAAUGGAGACUCUGACCACAGUGGCUCAGGCAGAAGCCUCCUGAUGCCCUUUGAAGACCGCGGAGACCUGGAGCCCCUGGAGCUGGUGUGGGCCAAGUGCCGAGGCUACCCCUCCUACCCUGCCUUGAUCAUCGAUCCCAAGAUGCCCCGGGAGGGCCUCCUACACAACGGUGUCCCCAUCCCUGUCCCUCCACUGGACGUGCUGAGGCUGGGGGAGCAGAAACAGGCAGAGGCUGGAGAGAGGCUCUUUCUUGUCCUCUUCUUUGACAACAAGAGGACCUGGCAGUGGCUUCCAAGGGACAAAGUUCUGCCCCUGGGUGUAGAGGACACUGUGGACAAGCUCAAGAUGCUCGAAGGCCGCAAGACCAGCAUCCGGAAGUCAGUACAAGUGGCCUAUGACCGCGCUAUGAUCCACCUGAGCCGGGUCCGUGGGUCCCACUCCUUCGUCACUUCUAGCUACCUGUAAGAGUGGAGCUGGGCCUGUGUCUGCCUUCUGUGCCUCUCUCUGGCCCUGAGGCACGAGAAGCCUCUUCUGCCCCUGCCAUGUUAUGGCUGGCAGCUUCGUUCCAAUGGCAAGCCCUGACUGGACUGGGUCUCCAAGGGCAAGGCCCAAUAUUGACCAAUCACGUGGUUCCCCUGGAGGGCUGCUGUGUGCCAAAAACUCCCACCCAAGGUCCCUGGGGAUGUUCCACUGAAGAACCACUCAGAAGUAGAAACAGCUGAGAUUUAGCCAGCCAGGGAGAUAGGCCUGGCGCACCAGGCAAAAGUACUUUUGUGGGGCCAGCUGGCUCACUCCAUGCCUCUCCCACUUAACCAUACCUCAGGGCAGGCAAGGUUCUGACACUGAUCCCAGAGAUGUGCCAGGGUCCCUCGGGAACCCUCAGAGCUCCCUCCCCCCACAUCGCCCGUGCUCGCACCCCCUGUCUCUCUCACCUCCCUCACCUAGCCCAGGCUCUCCCUCCCGUCAUUGCUCUCCUCUCUCCCUUGUGCCAAACUGACAGCAACAUCACCAAAUGGAUCUUUUUCUUUGAUGCCCAUUUCCUUCCUGCCAGCUGCUACAUUGGAUGGAUGUCUGCCAGGCGCUUGAGCCCCAGGUAGACGCUCUCCCACUUGUAAGGACCUUUCCCCACACCCACAGACGCCCACUUCUACAGGCCAAGCCCAGCUGCAUGCACUCGUCCUGUGGAUGGAGCCGGCAUCCUGCCCUUCCCCUCACUCUGAGGAGUGCUGAGGGCAACCCUUGUCCACGCACAGGCUGGAUGGAGAUGGGGUGGCACACCAUGCCGACGCCCCUCCUCCCCUCUCGUGGGCUUUUCUCUUCCUGCAGCAGCCUUAAGCCUUACUGCAUCAGCACGUCACCGCAGGUCACCGCAGGCGGCAUGGCGCAUGGCGGCUGCCCUCCAGCACCCUCCCCCUGUUUUGCUGCUCCUCCCUCCCAGAGCAGGGAGCACAGCUUUUUUCUUUCAUCCCCUGCCUUCAACCUCUUCUCCACCUUCACCUCCUCAACUUCUCCCCUCAACAAGGAAGGAAAAAAAAAAAAACUGUGAAUGAGGAAAGCUGACUGACCAAGCAGCGCGGUCUCGGAGGCUCUGCUCUUGACCUUUCUUUCACCUCUUCAGCACCAAAGCCGUGGCCGGUUUGCAGACCGCCCCUUGCCAUUUGAUUUCUACCUUGCUGUUCUCUUUAAUUGUUUUACAUUUUUUCAUGGGGGAGUUUUGGGCAAAGACGAAGUUCCUGGGGAGGUCACUGCCAUUUUUACAUUCUCAAACUUUGUAAAAAUUACAACCAACCACCAACUUCUUACACAUUUGGGACAUGAGCCACAGUUUAAAAGGGAACCAACAAAACUCACCGAGAGGGCCAGAUUCUGUCCAGUGAACAGCGCAGCAACAGCGGACAGGACGUGGUGUACAUAACUGUAAGAUACCGCCAUGAGUUACCGCCGUGAGUUACUCAGACGCUCUCCGUUACCGGAACCCGCCAUUCAUUGUGCAGCCAUGCAGUGCAGUCUAGCCGAAGGAGCCGCCGCGCCCCUCUCUCUCCCCAGGUAGCUGGUCAGCCGUGGACUCUGACCAAACCUCAUCCAAACCUGUGUGAAGAUCUCGGGGCUUCCUCCCUCUCUGUCCCCUUCCCCCACACUCUCUGCUCCAUUUUUCAGCCUCUGAAUCCUUCCCACUCUCCGAGUCCCACUUAAAAACUGCUCUUUAGGACAGGAUGCGGCUCAGAUCCUGCUGAGGCUUGGGGCCUCGUGUCUCUGUCUGGUCUGCUGUGAAGCACACGAUGCUCUAUUUAUUGUAGAAAGUGACUUUAUUUGCCUUCUAGAAUUGUUUAUAACAGAUGGUUAUAAGAGAGGUAAUAAACAGAAAAACCUAUGCCUGUAAAGAAGACAAGAGUUAAUUUUACCUACAUAAUAUGACGUCUUAUUUUCUCUCUGAGAAAUAAAUGUUCUAUGGGCAGUG